CUUUCAACUUUGACCUAUAUGUUGUUUACAAUAAUCCUAUCCUCGUUCAAGAUUUAGAACGUCGAGUCAGCAUAACUUGAUACAAGAAAAUCAUGGCAGUUACGUUCGCUCUUCCUGCAGAUUUUGGAUAUGUUAUCCUUACAUCUAUUGCAUCUAUUUUUGUUUUGAUGUGGAAGGGUUUUAAGGUCGGUGAAGCAAGGAAAAAGUAUGAAGUCCCGUAUCCAAAGAUGUACAGCGAUGAUGAUAGAUUUAACUGUGUACAGAGAGCUCAUCAAAAUACGCUUGAAAACUAUCCACAGUUUCUGAUCUUGUUGGUGUUUGCUGGUUUGACAUUUCCAAAAUUAUCAGCUGCAGCAGGAAUGGUUUGGAUUGUUGGACGUGUUUUCUACGCAUUGGGAUAUUACAGCGGAGAUCCCAAAAAAAGGAUGAGAGGAGUUUUUGCAUAUAUAGGUCUCCUGACUCUCCUGGUCUGUUCCAUCAUUACAGCAUUGAAAAUGCUCGGAUAUGUUAAUUUUGUUUAAACAACAUGAACAAAGAGUACUCUGAUUUUGUUAUACAUUGAAUACUAUAGACUGAUAUUUGUUAUACAUUUUAUAAUACUAUGAAUCCUAUACAUUUAUAAACAUUGAAUUCUAUACAUUUGUAAUACAUGUACUUUGACUUCUUUACAUUUGUAUUACUUUGAAUUCUAUACAUUUGUAAUACAUUGAAUUCUAUUCAUUUGUAAUACUAUUGUACAUUGAAUUCUAUACAUUUGUAAUACAUUGAAUUCUAUACAUUUGUAAUACAUUGAAUUCUAUUCAUUUGUAAUACUAUUGUACAUUGAAUUCUAUACAUUUGUAAUACAUUGAAUUCUAUACAUUUGUAAUACAUUUAAAUUCUAUACAUUUGUAAUACAUUUAAUUCCAUACAUUUGUUAUACAUUGAAUUCUAUACAUUUGCAAUGCAUUUAAUUCUAUACAUUUGUAAUACAUCUGCAAUACAUUGAAUUCUAUACAUUUGUUAUACAUUUGUAAGACAUUGAAUUCAUUACAUUUCUAUACAUUUGUAAUCCAUUGAAUCCUGUACAUUUGUAAUACAUUAAAUUCUAUGCAUAUGUUAUACAUUUAAUUCGAUACAUUUAUAAACAUAAGUCCCAUACAUAUUACAGUACACUUAAAGAGGCCAUGAUUUAUAUAUGUGUAACAUUACUAAGAAACAAUUUAGACUUAUUUACUUUUUAUGUAUCAUGACAGCACAAAGUGAUGUAACUUUUUUUUUAUAAAAGUAAUAAAUUUUCAUGUUUACAAUUUAUGUGUUUUUAAAUAUACAUUUGUUGUGAAUAUGUAUAUAUAUAUAUAUGUAUGUCUAACAUUUUAAACAAUAAAAAAAUAAUUAAUAUAUUUAAAAA